ACAUUCUCAAUAUUUAUCGUGAUGGAAAAUCAUUAAACACAUCAAUCAGAGACAAGUCAGAAAAACUACGAAUGCACUGAUCGCCGAUUCGAGCGCUACGUACCGCCUUGCAUGAUCGGCGUUUCAGAACUAUGCCAUGUGAUCAUGUAGAGAAGCUGGUAGAGUUCUCCUUCAGAGUCUCACUGGUCGAUCCACCACUCUAAUAUCUGAUUACUAAGCGAAUGCUACUAUCUAGCCUAAGGUAGUGGUCUGACGUCUGAAAAAGGCCGAUCGGUGUAAUGCCGAAACUCCCUGAGUACAUACAUAGCACGAACAUGAAUUCAGGCAUGUCUUCCCAAGACCCUAUGUCAAACUCGGACUACUCCGCAUCGGACUACAACCAAACAGCAUCAUUUGUAUAUUCUGCUGAGUACACUGCGCCCGUAUUAUCGGCCCUGAAACCUUCUGUCGGCGAACGAAUCGUUGACUUCGGAUGCGGGACCGGAGAAUUGACCUUGCAGAUCCAAGAAGCUGUUGGUGCGACUGGGUUGACAGUUGGUAUUGACUAUAACAACGACAUGGUUUCUAAAGCUUUGACGAAUGGCGUAAAACACGCAUUCGUGUCUGACCUUCAAGAUCUUCGGAUACCUGCACAUUUGUUCGAGGAGAACUCCUUCGAUGCCGUCUUCAGUAAUGCCGCACUACAUUGGUGUAAGGAACAUCCACGCGGAGUUCUGAAUGGAGCAAAGCGGCUGCUUAAAGAUGGCGGGCGGUUUGUAUGUGAGAUGGGUGGAUUCAUGAAUUGUACCGGCGUCCGAUUCGGUCUUCACCGGGCUGUCAAAAAGCGCGGUUACGAGCCCGAUAAAAUGGAUCCAUGGUACUUUCCGUCAAUUGCAGAAUAUCAAGGGCUAUUGCAAAGCGCAGGUUUCCGUGUCAAUGCCAUUAGUUUGGUCCCAAGGCUGACGCCGCUGCGGAACGGUGGCCUACACGGAUGGUUGCAGCUUUUUGCGCGCCGAACGUUCCUGAAGGAAUUCAGUGAUGAGGAGGCCGCUGCCAUAAUAGAUGAGGUUAUAGAUAUGUGCGAGGUUGACAUGAAGGACAAAGAGGGGAAUUGGGCUAUCAUGUACGUUCGACUGCGAUUCUUGGCAACCCUUGAUAGCCCUUGAUGGAACUGGAGCCAAAGAAUGAUGCACAAAGUUCAAGUUCGUAAAGGCAUAGAUAAAUAAUUACGACGAAUAUGAUCCAAUAACCCUAUGCUAGGUACUUCUAGUACUUAUCCCCUCUGGGCAAGAGCUCCUGAAGAGAAUGC